ACAGAGACCGUGUAGGUUUCUGAACACUAUUUGCUAUUUUUGCUAUUUCUAGUUUUCUCACCUGCAAAACACACAGUCCUUUCUCUUCCUACCUAGCUUUUACUGAGCUCUCUCUCUCUCUCUCUCGCUUCUAAUUUAUUUUUCCGAUCUUUUCAAAGAUGACUUUGUAACAGUUCUUCAACGUAAAAAAAAUGAUGGCCAACAAUGGUGCUAUAUAUGCAACAGAAAACGCAAAUGUCUUAAGCUGUUUCUCCUCCUCCUCCUCUUCUUCCCCUUCUUCAAUGGGAAUGGUUUAUGCGGACAUGGGCUCUCUUUCUCUGAGAUCCAACUGUGGGGUAUAUUCAUCAGUUUCUUCCCAGGACAACAGCUACAUCUCUAAGCUUUCUGAACCAGAAAAUGGGAGGGCUUUCUGGGGUUUUCCUUCUACCAGAAGUUAUGAGGAUCACCACAACAGCAGUGACAUGAAGGGCUCAGAAUAUACCAGCAGUGAUCAUGAUAAGAAUCCUAAUGAGAGUGGGGUGAGUGUUAGUGAGAGGGAAACAGAAAAUGGGCGAUCAAAACUGUGUGCCAGAGGGCAUUGGAGGCCUGCUGAGGAUUCCAAGCUCAAGGAGCUUGUGACUCUUUAUGGCCCUCAGAACUGGAACCUUAUUGCAGAGAAGCUGGAAGGAAGAUCAGGUAAGAGCUGCAGAUUAAGAUGGUUUAACCAGCUGGACCCAAGAAUCAACAGAAGAGCUUUUACUGAGGAGGAAGAAGAAAAACUAAUGCAAGCUCAUAGAAUAUAUGGCAACAAGUGGGCCAUGAUAGCCAGGCUCUUUCCUGGAAGAACUGAUAAUGCUUUGAAGAACCAUUGGCAUGUUAUCAUGGCCAGGAAGUACAGAAAGCAAUCCAGUGCUUAUCGGAGGAAGCUAAACCAAACUGUUUACAGAAGCGUGGACGAAAAUCCAAGGGUCAAUGCAGCCUCGAGGAGUACCGAACCUCCGCCACCUUACGUUGGUCUCAGUCUCCCCAAUGGCGGCCUCAGCGGCGGUAGUUCUAUAUCGGAUUUUUCAUAUGGAACAAGCUAUUAUGGUGGUGUUGGUUGUGGGGUUGGUUAUUAUGGCUCAAAUGGUUCACAAAACUUGAUUAGUUUGGGAGAAGAAGAAGCAAUCACAAGGAAAAAAUUGCUUUCUUAUAAUAAUAGUGGAUUUUGCUCACAACAACAACGAACUCCUUUUGAAUUCUUCCCUGGUCGGAAGAGCAAUGAGGUGAUGGGGAUGAUGAGCCAGAGCAGAUGUCGGGAUGGUUCAGGUGAGGUGGAGGAUCAUUCAUGCGGGGAUAUGUACACCCACCAUCCACCACCAUACAUGAAUAUGAUGGCAAUGCAAGAGUCAAACUUCCACAGCCUUGUUCAUCAAAGCUACUCAUAUUCUUCAUGUCAAGUUUCCGGCGGCAAACCCUCACCAUCCGCAUCAGCAUCUGACAGAGUUAUUGGCAGCGGCGGCGGCCACCGUGAGACGAGCAUUCCACCACCGCCAUUCUUUGAUUUUCUUGGGGUGGGAGGCAGAUGAAGUAAGAACCGCCCCCCCCCAAAAAAAAAAAAAACCUGAAAAGGGUUGGUUUUAUUUUUUAUUUUUUAUUAUUCACUUGAAUUAUCAGAAAAAAGGGGCUCAACGUGGUUGUGGUCCAAGGAACACUACGAAGCUAAUACCUUACCCAACUCUUAGAAAUUUUAGGUUCUAAUGUCAUCUUCAAUCGAUCUGGCCAGAGGAUCAUAGGGCUAAAAAUAGUCCGAAAUAACACGAAAACUGUUUACAACCGAUAAUUAGGCCAAAGGGCUCGUGGACCCAACCAGGCCAAAAACACCAAAUCAGGCCAACCAGCUGGCCCAAAUGUUCAAAUCCAACGACUACCUGGCGUCAGCAUGACGCCAGCUAGCUAAUGUCAUGCUGACGCCAAGUUACUGUUGGAUUUGAAAAAAAAAAAUCGAACAAAAUUAAAAAAUUUUUAAAAAAAUUCUAAUUUUUUUCCUAUAAAUACCUAAGUUAUUCCUAAACCAUUUCUUACAUAAUUUUCACCAUGGCGGCUGAUGAU